CCAGCCAGCUUUAAUGGGACGGGAUGUGUUAUUUUUAAAGAUACACCUGGUAAAAUAUUUUUAUUUUUUCAACGGUACCAUCCUCUGCACCAAUUGCUUCAUCCAGAUUACUAUACGUAGUAAGAGGGGUAGCAGAAACACAAUCCAUUUAAUGCCUGUAGUAAUGAAGACAGCUGUGAUUUUACUAGGAAAGGGUUUCUCAACCUCAGGCCUUUUAAGAUGGGUGGACUUCAACUCCCAGGAUUUUAUGUUUUGCUGGCUGGGGAAUUCUGGGAAUUGAAGUCCACCCAUCUUAAAGGGACUAAAACCCUAAACCUAGAUUCUUGUUUUAACCCAAUAGAUAGCACUCAAGUUAUAACCAUUCAUUUAGUGACUAUUUGAACUUACAGCAACAUUGAAAAAGAGUGACUUAUGACCGUUGUUCACACGGCCAUGGCAGCAUCCCCAUUAAUCAACAUUCGAGCCCUUGCCCAUCGGUUCAUAUUUAUGACGGUCGCAGCAUCCCGGGGUCAUGUGAUCCCUUGUUGUGGCCUUCUGACAAGCAAAGUCAACGGCAGCCCGAUUUGCUUAACGACCGUGGCAAGAAACUCAAUUGUCUCACUUGUUAACAGAAACGCUGGGCUCCCUUGUCGUAAGUGGAGGACUACUGUACUGGCAGAUCAUGCAGAAGACAUGGGGGUUAGGGAAAGAGGGUGGAUGUGAACUGAUUCGCUCACUCGAGCCACCUCAAGAGCCAAGCUGCCCCCAACUGUGUCAAGAAAGAUCGUAAAAUGAAGCAAAACUCAAUUGUCUCGCUUAGCCACAGAAAUGUUGGGCCCCAUUGUGGUUGUAAGCCGAGGACUGCCUAUAUAGCCAGAUCAUGCAGAAGAGGGCAUGCGAUUUAGGGAGGGCGAGUGGGAGUGAACGGACUCGCUCACUCGAGCCACUUCAAGAGAAAACCUGCCUCCAAUCAUGUCCUGAGGAAACUGCUCCAGUUAUUAACUCCUUUCCUCCCUCGCUUUUAGCAUCCUCCGUGACCAAAGGGCCAGUUGCCACAAACAGUGACACCGAAGGAAGCCAGCCGGCGGGCCGCAAACGGCGCUGGGGCGCCAGCACCGCCACGACCCAGAAGAAACCUUCGAUCAGCAUCACCACCGAAUCCCUCAAGAGCCUGAUCCCAGAGAUUAAGCCACCGCUAGGAGGUCAGGAAGCUGUGGUGGACCUUCACGCCGACGACUCCCGCAUCUCCGAAGACGAAGCCGAGCGCCACUUGGAAGAGCCAGCUCACGAGAAAGCGCUCAAGAUCUGCCGUACCGUCACGCAG